AUGACUUUCAUUGAGGCCAGGGGCUAUUGUAGGGCUUUGGAUGCAGAUUUAAUUUCAAAUAAAGGUAAAAACAUAAAGCUUUUACUUUACUUUUACUUUUAGAACCCCAUAUAUUUGGUUUUAUUGCUCCAUAUUUCACACAAACCCAUGGUAAAUGUAAAAUCAUCUCAAAAAAGUCCAAAAACCCCGUUAAAACCUGUAAUUCCAUGGCCAAUGUUAUUUGUAUUAGGAAUGUAAGCCCAUGUUUUGCAAAUUUAGGUCGUAUUUCAGAAUAAAACUCCGAGAAUCGAGCCUCUCUGCCCUCACGGUUUUGUUUAUAAUGUCCGAACUUCUUCGUGCUACUUUGUUACGACGAACAAAACGGCUAAUUGGGAGAUGGCUGAUAAAUUUUGUUUGAAUAUUGUAAAAGAUUAUGGACUUGAAAGCAAUUUGGUCUCGAUCCUAAAUCCAAAGGAGCAUGAAUUUGUCUUGGGUAAGAGUAAUUCGCGUAAAUCAAAUCAAAAAUAAUAUUACUCAGCCAUGAAUCAGAAAGCUGGAUGCGCGGCGUCUUUUCUCGGAGCUCUGGGUAAUUCCAAAAAUGGAAAAUCAUGGUCUUGGGUGGAUGGUAAGACAAAAGUUAAAUAGUUUUAUCCGACUUCAGGUUCCUACUUUCCAUCUUAUACUCGAUGGAGCUCCACAAACCCCGAUAGAAACCGGGAAAACUCAAUUUUAAUGAUGGAGACAAAAACCGGGGAUUGGUAUAACUUCCACCCCUUGGAAAUCCCUCAGCAAAAAGCAUGUAUAAUAUGCAAGAUAAGUUUGUAG